GCUGUGUAAUGUCCUGAACCAGUUCUACAAUUAUUUAAUAUUUCUCUAUAUAGAGCUCCUAGUUCCUUGUUCUUGUGAAAAUCCUUAAUUGUGCUGAAGAUUUAUCACUGCAACGUGAACAGUGUGGGAAGAAUCUGCCACAACAUAUUUGAUCGUAAUUACUCCGCCCAGAUCACCAUGCGGGAGAUUCUGGAUGCUGUUUACGGACUCCUGAUCGCUCCUGAGCCUAAUGAUCCUUUAGACAGUGUUCUUGCAGAAGAAUACAGGUCCAGCAAGGACAAGUAUGAUGAACAAGCUCGAAAAAACACUGAAAGCAAUGCAAAUCAGUCGAUGGAUGAAGCAGAAAAGAAAUACAUUCCUGAAAUAGCAGAGGUUGUGAUACCUCCUCAUCUGAAAUGCCACUUGACAAACAAACUGUUUGUGGAUCCAGUGAAAACUAAAUAUGGCUUUACAUACGAGCGCAAAGCCAUAGAAAAGUAUCUGACAAGGUUCAGAUGGGAUCCACUGGAUACAGCAAAAAGACCUCUGAGAAGAACAGACUUAACAAAAGACAAACAUAUCAAAAAGUCGGUCCAGGACUAUAGAAAGGAACAGAUUAAGGAAAGUGAAGAUUAG